ACAGCCGGCAGUUUGGGGCGUGAUUGGCUGGAAGGGCUUGAAACAGAGGCGUGCAGUGAUGUGUGGCGCUGAGCCGGUGCGGUGCCUGUUCCCCGCCGCCUUCUGCUAAGACCCGCCGGCGGCCCGGCCCUGGGGCAGCAGGCAGGGUCCGUGGCCGUAGCAAUGGCUAUGAUGAAGGGGGCGAUGGGCUGCCCGGUGGCUAACAUCAUGGAGACCUUCAGCUGCACUGUCGCCAACCGCUUCUACCAGCUGCUGGACGACGAAUCGGACCCUUUGGACAACCUCUGCGAGGCCGAGCGCCGCCAGCAGCAACGCAAGAACCUCAACAAAGUGGUGGCCCGGCGGGGCAGCCCCGGUGGCAGAGGGGGUACCGCCAAGAGGGAGCCCCAGAAGCAGCGCAAGCAGCUCGGGACGCCCGCGCCGCCGCCGCAGCUCGGUCAGAAGCAAGCACCUAAACAAGAAGAGUGUGGAGGAAAAGACAAUAGCAGAGCAGAGAAACAAGACAAAACUGAAUGGAGGCCAUCAUUCAUGGAAUACUCAUCUUAUGAAACAGAAAGUCAAGCAGAACUCACAGUUAAGAGAGUUGCUGAAGGAAAGCCAAUGGAAGAAGUAGUUCAAGAAAUGACGUUAGAUGAGUGGAAAAAUCUUCAGCAACAGAAUCGACCGAAGCAUGAAUUCAACAUCCGGAGGCCAGAAUCCACUGUUCCUUCCAAAGCAGUGGUGAUUCACAAGUCAAAAUAUAGCAAUGAUAUACAAAAGGGAGAGCUUGAAGAUGAUUAUCAGAUUUUUCGAAAGGCAGUGAAUGAUAUAACAUCUCAGCUUGAUAUCAACUUUGGGAGUCUUUCUCGCCCUGGCCGUGGAUCAAGAGGAGCACGAGGUUGUGGCCGUGGCAGACAAGUUGAGGAGACACGAUCUCAACCAGAAGUAAUGGUGCAAAUUGUUGCUCCAAAUCCAGAUGAUCCUGAAGAUUUUCCUGCUUUAAGAAAUAUCAUGAAUGGUGUUAUCAACGGAGCUUUGGUGCAGCUCUAAAGAAACCAGUUCUGUACUGGUGCGGAGGAAAAAAAAAGUCCAAGUCUACUGGAAAAGCUGUUCUGGUUGAUGGGUUUUUGUUUUUUUUUCAUGUGUGAAAUGUUUGAACACAUUAAUGGAAGCGAGUUCUGGAGACAGCAGUGGUCUGGAAUUCUGUUAUAGGGCCUAGUGCCUGCCUCCAUUUGUGAAAGCUGUAUGAAGGAUUGCAGUACUCAAGUAUAAGGCUUUGAAUGAACAUCAAGAGUACAGUGCUUAAAAAUGUAGAGACUAUGUCAAGUUCUUCCUGGCAGCUUAGUGAAACUGUAUGACAUGGUUUGCCAUCAGGAGUCUGUUUCAUUUUGAGAUAUGAAAGCUACUUUCUGUUUCUUUGGUUGAAGUGUAUUUUACACAUUUACAAGUUGCAGUUCUUGAGAGUUUGGCAAAUAAAACACAGUGCUUACUGGUUUGAGUUUGAGGUAUUAUUUUUAUGAGUCAGAGACUGAAGCCUCUGCUGUUUGGCAACAAAGAGCUGAUCUUACGUGCCUGAAAAAUAUCCCUGAACAGAAAUGAUUUUAAGACAGCAGCUUGGUUGCUUUUAACAGGUAACUUUAACAAGUGUUUGUUCAGUGAGGAAAAUGCUAUUUGCAGCUAUUGUCAGUGAAAUAAAAUAAUUUUGAAGUAAAGACAGAACUAAGUCAUUAAAGAAGAAAUUUGUUUACUGCAUGAGAAACUACAAACUAAAAUAGUAAAUAUCUCAAGUUGGAAGGAGCCCACAGUGAUCACUGAGUUCAGCUCCUGCCUCUACCCAGGACCACUCAGAAUUCAAGCCCUGUGUCUGAGAGCAGUGUCCAAGCACCUUUUGAAAUCCAUCAACUUGGGCCCAUGAUGUUGGGGAACCUGUUCCAGUGCCUGAUCACCCUCUCAUGAAGAACCUUUUCCUAAUACCCACUCUAACCCUUCACUGACAUAGCUAUGUUUCUUGCCUUAACAAAUAGUUUGUGUGGCAUGGAAGAUGAGAUGGCCUUGUCCUUUCCUUGCAGUCCUCCUGUUUCUGAACCUGAGCCAAAUAACCUCAACUGCAGCUUGAAACUUACUCCUUAACUCUGGCUAUUCUUCUAGAAUAUUUUUGAGUAGUUCUGCCAAAAAUGGCUAUUUGAUGUUUGUGAAACAUAAAUUAUUCUUGAUGAGAGACUUUGUGUCUCUCAUUAUACCUUUUCUACUCUUGUGUCUUGACAUAGAUGGCUUCUCUUUCCGUAUUGUUAA